AUGUCGGCAAAUCUCGAAGCCCAAGCCACGGCCGAGGCUACACUCAAAGGGUUCCUAUGGCGCCAACGCGAGGCGCCCAAGCCCCUCCCCACCGGCACGAGCGCCAAGGGACAAACCUCGAUCGUGACGGGCAGCAACGUCGGUCUGGGACUGGAGGCGUCGAGGCAGCUGCUUCAGCUGGGGCUCUCGCACCUGGUCAUGGGGGUGCGGUCACAGGAGAGGGGUGACGCGGCGGCGAAGAAGCUGCGUGCCGAGUUCCCCGACGCAAGGAUAUCGGUCUGGAUCGUCGACAUGUCGUCGUACGAAUCGGUCCGGGCGUUCGCGGCCAAGUGCGGCGCGGAGCUGGAACGCAUCGACUCGGUCAUCCUCAACGCCGGAGUCCAGACGUCCACCUUCACCCUGGUCGAGGACACGGGUCACGAGAUCACCGUGCAGGUCAACUACCUCUCCACGGCGCUCUUGUCGCUGCUGCUGGUGCCGGUGCUCAAGGCCAAGAAGAAGGAGGGUGCGCCGCCGCCGGUGCUCACCAUCGUCGGGUCCGAUACCGCGUACAUGACGAAUCUCUUGUCCAUGGAACCCGCGCUGCCCGUGUUUGACAAGCCUGAGGCCUUUUCUCAGUUCCAGACCUACCCGAGGGCGAAGCUGCUGCUCGUCUUCUUUGUGGCCAAGCUCGCGGAGCACGUUGACCCGGCGGACGUCAUCAUCAACUAUUCCAACCCGGGCUUGACCAAGGGGACCGAGAUUGCCCGUUCGGGCUCCCUGCUGAGCAAGAUUGCUGGAUCGACCACUCAAUAUUUUCUUGCAAGGGAGCUCGACGUUGGCGCCUCCGUGUACCUAGAUGCUGUGUUCAAUCACGGCGCCGAGGGUCAUGGUGGUUUCAUUAGUGACUGGACCAUCAAGCCAUAUCCCCCGGUGUGGUACACUGAAGAAGGAAAGAAGCUCAGGACUAGUUUAUGGGAAGAGACCAUGAAAGAGUUGAGGCCAGCAGGUGCACCACUGCUAUGA